AUCUAAGCAAGCAGCUCACCACCUAAACGGCCACCACAUCAACCAACCCACCUAAUAACCUAGGCAGGGGAGAGCGCCGGGCCGGCGAGCGAGCGACCGCCACUCCAACGCACCAUCGACAUCCAAGACGCAACCCGCCCACUCACUCACGCCCUGCGCGCUUCCUCUUCCCUCCCCCCUCAUCCUCUCGAUAACAGGGCAGCCCAAGUUCAACAACAACGAAAACGAAGCGAAGCGAGCUAAAGCAACGACACAACAACCGGCUCCUUCUCCUGCCCCCCUCCGCGCGCUGCGCCCGCGCGCCCCAACCCGCCGCCCACGAUGCUCUUCUUCGGCAGCUUCCUCUACAUCGCCGUCCUCCUCAUCAACUCGGUCGCCAUCCUCAGCGAAGACCGCUUCCUCGCACGCAUCAACCUCUCGCCCGCCUCGUACGACCCGGCCUUUGGCUCCGGCGCCGACGCCAGCAUCAAGGCCAAGAUCAUACACCUCAUCGCCAGCGUCCGCACAAUCAUGCGCAUGCCGCUGAUUUUCGUCAACCUGGUCAUCAUACUCUACGAACUGGUCCUCGGGUGAUGAGGGCGACACGAUAGACAAGAUAGGACAUGACCUUAGGGGACGGGGGGAAAACAACCGCCAUGCAUGCACCUCCCCCUCCUCCCUCCCCGUGUGGAACUUUACAAUUACGACAAGCGGGCUCUUUUGGAGGAUGUGACUGGCUAAAUGACAUGCUCGCGGCAAGCCACGACGCAUGGCACAACAACGACACGGGGAGGAUGGCGGUUGUUCGCAAGGAUUGACGGGUGUUGGUGCAGGCAAAGGUCCAUGUGAGGUCACCACGACUCGUCUCCCGACAGCCAAUCGACUACAGCGGGCUCACGAUCCGGUGCGGGUUCCCCAUUUCUCAAUGUGAGACCUGGUAGAAAGCUAUUAUAAUGUAAACUGAAAUGACACGCCUGAUGCUGCGACGCCGCCGCCAUGUAGCAAUAUAUUAGCCCAGCACCGUCGCUCAAAAAA